CCUAGACGACUUACCAUCUGUUUCCAAGACAACCCGAGAGCCUCCUGGCAACAGUGCGCGGCCUGCGCCGGUCUCCCGGCCCAUCCGUGCAAUGACUGCAGCAAGUCCCAGCGUCUUCCUGCUCAUGGUCACCGGGCAGGUAGAGAGCGCACAGUUUCCAGAGUAUGAUGACCUCUACUGCAAGUACUGCUUUGUGUACGGCCAGGACUGGGCCCCAACAGCGGGUCUGGAGGAGGGGAUCUCACAGAUAGCAUCCAAGAGCCAAGAUGUACGGCAAGCACUGGUGUGGAACUUCCCCAUCGACGUGACCUUUAAAAGUACCAACCCCUAUGGCUGGCCACAGAUUGUACUCAGUGUCUACGGGCCGGACGUGUUUGGGAAUGAUGUCGUACGAGGCUAUGGAGCAGUGCAUGUGCCUCUCUCUCCCGGAAGGCACAAAAGGACCAUCCCCAUGUUUGUGCCAGAGUCUACAUCUACACUACAGAAGUUCACAAGCUGGUUCAUGGGACGGCGACCUGAGUACACAGACCCCAAGGUGGUGGCCCAGGGUGAAGGCCGGGAAGUGACUCGUGUUCGCUCUCAGGGAUUUGUUACCCUCCUCUUCAAUGUGGUGACCAAGGACAUGAAGAAGCUGGGCUAUGAUACUGGGCCUGUGGACACACAAGGAGUCCUGGAUCCUAGCCCGCCACAGAGCAACCCACAAUAAAAAUCAGCCCUUCUGUCCACCACUGUGGACCAGAUGCCCUACAGCCCACACACAGCCAAGGACAUGCCAACCAGGCUGGGAAACGGGGGAGCUAAAGGUAGUUUUAUAUAAUAAAGUGUCACAUGUUUUUCAGAGGU